CCAGCUCAGCCGUUUUAGACGCAGCCGGCCGACGCAGCCACACGUCCGCGGCUUUUCUGACAAGAUGCCCCGGCGUCGUGUGUCUUUUUAAACUGCCUACCCCCCCACCCCCAGCGCUGUCGAGCCCGAGAGGAUACUGUAAUGGUUUCGGAGAAUGGAAACGGACGACGUGUCGGUUAGAGAGCAACUUUUCCACAACCGCGUCCGGGAGACCAUAAUCUGUGUGCUCCUGUUUACAUGCCUGUACAUGGUGUCCUACCUCAUACUCACUCACUUCAAGAAGACUGCCGAGUUUGUCACAGAUGAUAUUGAAGAUGCCACCGUCAACAAAAUUGCGCUGUGGUUGUGUACGUUCACCCUGUCUGUUGCGGUGUGUGCUGUUCUCCUUCUCCCCAUCUCCAUUUUGUCCAAUGAGGUGCUGCUCACCUUCCCACAGAGCUACUACAUGCAGUGGCUCAAUGGAUCUCUUAUACACGGCUUGUGGAAUCUAGUUUUCCUUUUCUCCAAUUUGUCCCUGGUCUUCCUCAUGCCCUUUGCCUACUUCUUCACAGAAUCUGAGGGAUUUGCAGGGUCCAAAAAGGGGGUGAUGGCACGAGUGUAUGAAGCAGUUGUGCUGCUGUUGCUGCUGGCUCUGCUUGUGCUGGGCAUUGUGUGGGUGGCAUCAGCCCUCCUCCAUGACAAUAUAGCCAGGAAGAGCCUCUAUGACUUGUGGGAGUAUUACCUCCCCUACCUGUACUCAGGCAUCUCUUUGUUUGGAGUGUUGCUGCUUUUGUUGUGCACUCCAUUUGGGUUGUCCCGAAUGUUUAGUGUAACUGGCAACCUACUGGUCAAACCAAGGCUGUUGGAAGAUGUAGAAGAUACACUGAGCUGCACCACAUUUGAGGAGGACUCGCUCUCCAGGAAACUGAACUGUGAAAGUACUUCAUGCUGGGUCAAGCUGAACAUGGAGGCAAUGAAAAAAGAGUACCAAACAGUCCGGAGCAAGCGCAUCGCUCUGGAGAUGCGUAGGAAAGCAUCCCCAUGGCAGCGAAACUUGGGCUAUCCACUGGCCAUGCUUGUGCUCCUCGCACUGACGGUGAUGUGUGUGCUGAUGGUCUGUUUCAAUGUAUUGGAGUUGCUCCUGGAUGAGACAGCUAUGCCCAGAGGAAUGGAGGACCCUCACCUGGGACUGGCCUCCUUCUCUAUGUUCGGCUCACUGGGUGCAGCAGUUCAAGUAGUCCUUAUCCUCUACCUAAUGGUCUCCUCAGUGGUGGGUUUCUAUAGUUCCCCUCUCUUCACUGGGCUCCUGCCUCGUGCACAGGACACUAACCUCACACAGAUAAUUGGAAACUGUGUUUCACUGCUUAUCCUGAGCUCUGCACUGCCAGUCUUUUCACGCACACUUGGGAUCACCCGCUUUGAUCUACUGGGGGACUUUGGUCGGUUUAACUGGCUUGGGAACUUCUACAUAGUCUUCCUGUACAACAUGCUGUUUGCUGGUCUCACCUCUGCCUCCCUGAUCAAGACAGUCACCUGGGCAGUUCAGAGAGAGCUCAUCCGUGCCUUUGGUCUGCACAGGCUGCCUUUAACUGUGUCACGCUCCACCGUCCCCUUCAGACUUCUCCUGACCAGUGGACUUUCGAAAAUCCAGUGACUUCUCCUCACCACUGCCUUUCCUAACCUUUUAGAAAACUGAGCCACUUCAAAUGUGCACCUAUUGGAUUAAAAGCAUUUACAGUUCAGUCCCUUUGCCAGCUGCUACAUAGUGCAGGUCACCCCAUGUGACGAGACUGGAGAAUACUGAGUCUGCCUGUGUUUGUCCAGUGGGAGCUCUCCUUAAAGCUGUGUUUGAUGACCAGUUUAUCAGGGUCUGAAUACAUGCAGUUAUUUGACUGCAAGGACAAGUACUGGUACAAGCGGUCAGCUGAGUCAUGGUUAUGACUGGAACAAGGGGAAAAGGAUUACAGCUAUAUUUGCAGUCCCGCUAUAGUGGACAAUAACAGAGCAAUCCCCCUGCAAACCCGAUGCCUUACGAAAAGAGGAUUCAUUGGAUAGCCGUUGCUCUGUUGACACGUGAAAGUCAGCGGAGUAAUUUUAAAAUAUUACAUUGUCACUGUGACAUAAUUUCCUCUUCCUGCUUCAGGUCGAUUGAGUGCUCUCUCUUUCUUCGUGACUUCCCCACGCUUUCCUCUCUUAGGUUGUACCACUAUUUUAAGAUUGGGAGUCUUACUUCCAUGUGUUUGGUGGGCCCAGUCUGCACCAGUGCUGUGUUAGUAAAUGAGAGGAAGUUGUUAUUGGGCGCAAAUAGGACACAGAGUACCUUGUCUAUCUGUGGAUCCACAGGUUACACAGGGAGUAUAUGAGAGUGAGGUAAUAGUCUCAGUGUCAGAGCUCUUUUACAAACCCAGUUUACUAGUAGAAUUCUGUGGUGAUUUAUUAUGGAGCAGGGUUUUUAUUUUUUGAAGGUAACAGUAAGCUUACUGACUCUGAGGCCUAGUCUAGUAUUUACAAAAACACACUUAAAAAGAAAGCUUUACUUUGUCUUAUGCAAGACCCUUGAAUGCCAUGUGACACUCACUAGGAGAAACUUCUGCGCUAGACCAAUCAAGCUGUGAAUUAUUAAGAAUUUGUGUGGGGAAGUGCAAUAUUUUAUAAGUAAAAGGCACAGUUUUUAACUUUACCAAAAGUAAUUUCAAAAUUUUCUGUAUGCUUUCUAUUUUCUGUGAAGUAUUUUUUCAUAUCAGUCCUCUUAGUCGGAAUUUGGGUGAAAGCUCAGAAUAGUCUUUUAAAAUAACACGUGACUAUCAAUCCAUGCAAUCCUUUCUGGUGUCAGUGUUUAUAUUUCGAUAACCUAAAUUCUGUUAUGUUUAUCAGCUGCAUCUCAUCAUCCUCAAUUUGUUGGUGAUCCUGUGUCACCGUUUGCCAUUGCUGCUGUAUCAGCAGGUUAAUAGCUGUUGGUUUGACCAGCAGGGGACAGUGUCUCUCAAACCCAACAUCAAUCUCAUUGUUGUGUGGGGUUCUCUCUCUCUGGUUAGUUAUUAUAUGUAUUAUAAAUGGAGUACUCUGAAGUUUACUCAUUUCACAUUUUCUGGGAAUUUUCUCUCGUUUUUUUGCAACACAGAGUUUAUAAUGUGCUGUUUUAUCAUUAUUUAUGGGCAUUUUGGGAUCUAUACUUCACAUGUUGAGUCAUUACUUUUAACAGGAUUUUUAACAGGUGUUAAAAAUGUUGAAUGUGAUUCAUUUGAGACAAAAAUCUUUAGAGUUGUUCUCAAAGAUAAAAAAAAAAAUGUGUUUACUGUUUACUUUUGAGAUGCUCUGAUGUUUCAGAUUUUCUUAAAACUGAUUUAUUUUUAUUUUUUUUCUUAACCAUCAUUGUUUGUUUUUAUGAGAAGAAAGCAAUAAAAA